CUGCGGAGUGCAUAGGGAGAGCGGAGCCCAUCGAAUUUGUGGUCACCAUUUUUAUCACCCGUCUCACCCAGGAUCUAGAGCCAGGAUCGGGCUCGAAAACGAUCGCGAUCGAGGAGACCGUAGGAUAUCGUUUGUUCCGCACAGUUGGCAGUGCUGAACUUUUAUCGUGCCGCGGAGAGUUUUGCCGUUAUCGCAGUGCAGUUCGUAUCAGACCGAAGCGGCAAACACGUGUGGCUCCAUGUGCGGUGAAAAGUAACGGAACUACGAUUCCGUUUUUGUGAAAAGAUUUCAAAAGGCCAUCGGAAAGUUUGUGAUCCAGUGUUUGCGCGUCCAUCGGACUUCUUUUUGUUUUAAUUUAUCCGCUGGCCAGCGCUCGUGUGUAUGUGUGAGUCAGAAUACAGUAGUGCACGUUCGUUAGUAUUGCGCCAAGCGUUAGGCCGUUAACCCAUUCGUUUUUAAAAGCCCCACGAUCAUCGGUCGGAACCGACAAGUUUGUUUUGUAUUGCAGGAUCGAUACGCAGCACAGGCGACACGACAUUGCGCGGGGUUAGUGGGAGCGGCGUGCCUGGCGGCUGGCUUCCUCUCAGUAGGCCCGAUCCGUGCCACCAGCUACGUGAUCGAGACGAGCGCGCGGCCACAGAACCGUCCUUUGGAACCGAGCACUGAGUCAGGGUGUGACCGGAGACCCGCUCUAUCGGCGAUGGGACGGACAGCGAAAGGCAACACAGACGAACAGGAGAUUGGCGAGGCGCGAAAUUUCGGAUUGCCGGACAUGCUGUACGAUGUGGCGGCACGGGUAGCAACGACGCGGGUAGGACAGUUCGCGUACAAGCGCGUGGACAAUCUGCUCUGGACGGUCGAGAAAACGGCCCGCUGGUCACUGCCACAAUCGUUUCCGCCGGAGGUGGGACUGGCCGCCACGAGGGCGUCGGCCCCCGGCGACGAUGAAGACCUGAAGGGGAGCAACAUCUCGGGCCCACCACUGGUCCGGCCACUACCGUGGUUGCUCUUUCUCCCGGCGCUGAUCCUGUUACGCAUGAUCCGCACGACACUGUCCGUAGCCACGCUGGCGAUCGGUCGCGGCCCCGUGCUCCCUUCGGCGAUGGUUGGCUUCCUGCAGAACAAGCGCCGCAAACUGCGCGCCCUCAAGUACCGAGGGCAGCGGCUUCAGCGCAUCCGAAAGGUUGAACGGGAAGCCGGACUCAGCGCAGCUGGCCGCCAGCAGCGGGCCACGUGGCUCGAACGAUUCCGAGCGCUCCGGAUGCUCCUCUGUUCGCGACCGUACGUGGAUGCCAACUCGGACGUGGCACAUGCCAUCGUGUUCCGGAAGGACCGACCGGUUCAGCCGAAACGUACCGCCGCAAAGAAGCGCAGCCUGAACCAACGGGAGGCGGACAGCGACGGAGAAACCGGCAGCGAGCACGAUUCCUGUGAGGAUGCGAACUGUCAGGAGUUGCUGGAAAAGUACGCUCACGUGGCCGACGAUUCCAGUUUCAACGUUGAGGAUAUGACUUCGGCCUCCGAAACCACGGACAGCUGCGCUUCCGAAGAGGAGCCAUCGCCGAAGAAAAAUAAUGUCGAAAAAGCGUCCACCGCCGAACAGCAUCAACAAAAUGGCGGGCAACACAAGGGUGAGGCCAACAAGAGCGACCUCGAAUCGCCAGCAGGAAAGACCGACGAGCCGAGUAAAGUGCCACCAUCCAAGAGCAUGGACGCCGCAAACCGCUCCAAAUCGGCCACUGGCUUGGAAAACUCAUCCACGGCAGCGGCGGCGGCCACGUCGAGCGAUGCCAAGCUAACGAGCUCCUCCUCGACCCCAUCGAAGAGCAUUCCGAAUUUGUCCAGCUCGCCGGAAAACAACGAAAACAAACCGCUUAACCAGAACGUUCACGGCAAAUCGUCCUCAUCAUCAUCAUCGCCCCAGUCCGGCCGCAGGAUGGUAGCUCCGGCGACCAAGCAGUCUCCAAGUGCCGCACAGGCUGAUGGUGGUCGAAGCAACGUGCAUCAGCAGCAGCAUAAGCCAGCUAGAUCACAGCCGGUGACCACAACAAUGCAGCAGCAGCCGCAGCAGCAACCAUCGCAACAAUAUUUUAGUAAUGGUGGCAAAAAUCGGCCCAAAAAGCCCACGAACCAAUCGGUGGCGUAGAACAGGAUGGAUGGGUCUCUCGGUCCAGGAAUGGAUUGCUUGUUUUGUAUAAAAGUUAUAUGUUUCUUUCUCCCUACACUACACACGCAAACACCAUCGCGUUUAAUGUGCUCCCAGUGCUGGUAAAAAUGUUCUAUUGGUGUAAACGUGGUAAAACAGGGUGUAAUAUGUUAUGUUUUCUAUUCUUAUAAUUGUUAUACCGGGAAGAGGUACGAAGAACGAAUAACUCUUUCCCGUUUUGCUGCAGCGUAAAUAAAUAUAAAUCAUUUUGUCUACCGCUCCUGA